AGAAGCUAAAAGAGGCCCUUUCUUCUGAACAGAGUAAGACUGCUGAUGUCUCCCGGGCACUGGAGGAGGAAAAGUUACGCCUGGUCUUUCUGCAGAGGGAACUGGACAAGGAAAGGGAAAACACGAGCGGGGCUGUUCAGGAGAAGGACAUCAAACUACAGGAGCUGAUGGUCAAGCUGGACAAAGAGACCACAAGAGCGGACACCAUGACUGCUGCGCUGGAGAGACAACAGAAUGUGGCCAAACAGCUGCAGUGGUCUCUGGACGAGCUCAAACAGACCAGGGCUGACUUAGAGAGAAGAAAAGAGGCUUCUGUCAGUGAGCUGCAGUCCCUCCUGGAUGCUGAGAAAGAACAUUCCCUGGACCUGAAGAAAACCCUGGAUCGAGAACGGCAGGUAGCGGCCAGCCUGAGACAGUCCAUCACUAAAGAAAGGGCCAAGAUGUCAGAGGAGUUGGAGAGGGAGAGAAGUCUUCGCAACCAGUUGAAAAAUACUGUGGAAAAAAUGGAGAAACAAAGCCAAGAAGCUACAACUUCCCUACAACAGGAGAAACACCACAGUGCCCAGCUGAAGGCAGACCGUGACAGUCUACAGGCCAGGUUAACUGUGCUGACUGACAGGGAAGCUGCCAGUGACAGGCAAAAACACAAAGACAAGCAGUCCCUGCUCCAGAAAGAAAAAGAGAUACAGCAGCAGCAGAGGAAGAUUGCUGAACUCCAACAACAACAGAAGUCCCAGGUGAAUAAGCUGAGUGGUGAGGACAAUACAACUGGAGCAGAUCAGGAAACCAGAGGUGUCUCACAGCAGCAUGGCCAUUCCUACUCCCCUGAGGCCCUGACCAGACACAGACACCAGCUAGAGUCUCUGUGUCAGUCCCUCCAGCUCCAACUGCUCAGGCUGAAGGAGACAUUACCAACUCAGGCCUGGAGUGCUGCUGCUGAUGCAGAAUUGAGUAAGAUUAAAGAGAUCCAACAAGCAGUUAAGAACCUGUCUACUGAGCUGCAACAUAUGAACGGUGCAAAUUUGUCUGCCUCAGAACUGACUGCUGGACCAUCUGUGAAUGAGAAAAUACUUCAACAGAACACAGAGCUGACCAGUUUUGUCGCAAGACUCAGUCAGGAAAAAGCCGAGCUGAGAAAUGCCCUGGCUGAUCUGGAGGAACAAGUCUGGAUGUACAGACAGAAGGACAUCACAGCUGAGCAGACAUCUGUACCACAGAAGGCCAUGCCGGCUGCAGGCCCUGGCUGGCAGCAGGAGAAGGCAGAGUUACUGUUGUCCCUGCAGCAGGCUCAGCAGGAAGUGGCUCGCCUCAGGUCUGAAGGCAGACAGCUGGUACAGGACAUACAGGCUGAACCUCACCAGGCAGACCCUGCAGCCGAUCAUGUCAAGAUGCAGCACAUGUACGGGCGCUACCUGCGUGCUGAAAGUUUCCGUAAGGCUCUUGUUUACCAGAAGAAAUACCUCCUGCUGCUGCUGGGAGGGUUUCAGGACUGUGAAGAGGCAACCCUCGCUCUGAUCGCCAAGAUGGGCGCCUACCCGUCAUCAGCUGACAUCCAGAGGAGAUCACGACAUUCCAAGGCAUUCACCAGGUUCCGCUCGGCUGCCUGUGUCAUCAUAGCUGUGGGCAGGUUACAGUUCCUUGUGCAGAAGUGGAAACGUGCCACCAGGAUUGGUUCCCCCAUUCUGAACAAGACCAUGGCUCGUGGUAAAGAUGGUGGACAGCAUAGUAGAAGUCUGUCUGCAAAUGGUGAACAGUAUAACAGAAGUGACAGACAGCACUACAGCACUGUACCUCAAGAAGAUGCACAGCGCCACAUUAGGCUGUCCCCAGGACAGCACAGCAGAAACCUGUUGCCGAGUGAUAGACAGCACCAGAGCAGACAGCCUGCUGGUAGUCGGUAUCAGCCCAGUGUACAGCCUGGACAGGGAGACCAUCCCUACAGUCUGCCUGGUACUCACCAACACCGGCUUAGUCCAUCUCCUACUCACGCUGGGUCAAACCUACGCUUCGGUGUCACACGUUACUCACCUCCCAGGCCACAUCUUGCCCGCCAGUCUCCCAAGUCAGCUGACAGGACUGAUGACGUCUCACUCACAGACUACAUCCACAGACUGGAGUCCCUGCAGCGCAGACUGGGAAACCCACCCACCGAUGGGUCCAGGGAAUGAAGCUGUCCAAGUGUGAAAUACUACAUCUACAUCUAGGUGAUCAUCAGUUAUCCAAUUGUUGCACCCCAGCCAGACCAAGGUUUCACUGUUGUGAUGAACUGUGACUGAUAGGAUGUCAGUAGUUUUCAUUAUCAAAAUUUAAUCCAUCUUUAGUCUUAGGUCAUGAUCAAUCUGAAAUCCAAGAAGCACUGUCAGACAGUUAUUUGAUUAUUUCAAGUCCUCUAUACAUAAGAACUUAUAUAUAUAAUUUAGAGAUUUGCGUGAAUGAUUGUGUAGUGUACAAUACGUUGUACAUACAUUGUAUGCAUGUAAGUUAAACAUACAAGUAGGAGCUCAAAUUCAAUGGUUUGGGCAUUUCUCUCUUACAAUUAUUUUCAUUUAAUAUCAUAAUUUACUGGGGUUUUUUUGGUGCAUUAUCAUGACAAACUUCCUGGUUUGAGACCUUUAAUUUGAUUCAUUUUACUGAAAUGUGAUUACUGGUUUAUACAUACAUGUACUACAUGUAGUUGCAACAUUCCAUUAUUUGGCAAACAUCUACAUCUACAUUGUAUGUUAGCAGAAAUUUUGGCAAUGUGCCUAAGUAUGUGUCAGUUAUACCAGUAAUGGAACUCUGACUUGUAGAAAUCCCAUAUUUGUGCACCAGGCAUCAAGUUGUAAUAUUAUGUUACUUAUUAAGUUUGUAUAUUCUGAACUAAGAAACAUUGUUAGGAAUUUACUGUAACAGUUGCAAGUUUCUUCACAUU